AUGUGUUCCACCUAUAGUCCGAGCACACCGGUAGUCCUGACCACGCAAACCGCCGACUCGGACCACUCAGACGAACCUCUGGACAGCCUAUUCACUUCAGUAGUCACACCAGAUCGGACUUUCCUGGAAAAUGUGAGGCUAAUGACCAAAACAGAUCGAGCUGUAUUAAACGUCAGCGACCAGUGGAUUACCAGUAGCUUUGACAACGUCCACUAUAUUGAAAUCCCGGAAUUCAUUAAAUUACACUCCAAAAAACACCUCUCAGCAGGUAUCUAUCUAUCCUAUCUAUCAUAA